AAACAUCAAAACAAGCCGCGGCAAAAGGCGAACUUCAAUGGUGGAGGCGGUAGGAGAAACUGCUGGUGGUCUUGCCUUCUGCCCCAGGGCAGCCAACUUCAUUGUUUAGCUCCGCACUUUGUGGAACUGAUUCUACUUUAGAAAAAGCUGUGAAAGAGAGAUUGUAACCUAUAAGAUAUUCCAAUUCACUACUUUUGAAGAAGACCGGUGACAGAAUAUGCCUCCUCCUGCAAAUAUUGUGAAAGUAGCUAUAGAGUGGCCUGGUGCCUUUCCAAAGUUGAUGGAAAUUGACCAAAAAAAGCCACUAACUGCAAUCAUCAAAGAAGUCUGUGAUGGGUGGUCUCUUGCAAACCAUGAACAUUAUGCACUGCAACAUGCUGAUAGCUCCAAUUUUUAUAUUACUGAAAAGAAUCGUAAUGAAAUUAAAAAUGGAGCAAUACUUCGAUUAACAACAUCACCGACCCAAAAUGCUCUUCAACUCCAUGAGAGGAUUCAAUCUUCUAGUAUGGAUGCCAAGUUGGAAGCACUGAAAGAUUUAGCCAGUUACUCACGCGAUGUAACAUUUGCCCAAGAAUUUAUCAAUCUAGAUGGGAUUUCACUCUUAACACAGAUGGUUGAAAGUGGCACUGAACGAUAUCAAAAAUUGCAGAAGAUAAUGAAGCCCUGCUUUGGAGAUAUGUUAUCGUAUACAUUGACAGCAUUUGUUGAGCUGAUGGAUCAUGGAAUUGUAUCUUGGGAUACUUUCUCUGUGGCUUUCAUAAAAAAGAUUGCAAGUUAUGUGAGCAAGUUUCAAAAUGAUAUUGCUAUACUACAAAGAUCAUUAGCCAUUUUAGAAUCAAUGGUACUGAAUGGUCAUGAUCUGUAUCAGAAAGUGGCACAAGAAAUAACAAUUGGGCAAUUAAUUCCACACCUACAAGGGGCUGAUCAAGAAAUUCAAACGUAUACCAUUGCUGUGAUAAAUGCACUUUUCUUUAAAGCACCUGAUGACAGGAGGCAGGAAAUGGCAAAUAUUUUAGCACAGAAACAACUUCGGGGAAUCAUUUUACAAUAUGUUAUUAGAGCUCAAAGGGCCAUUAAUAAUGAAAUGGCACAUCAACUUUAUGUUUUGCAAGUACUCACCUUUAACUUACUAGAAGAUAGAAUGAUGACAAAAAUGGACCCUCAAGAUCAGGCCCAGAGGGACAUCAUAUUUGAACUACGAAGAAUUGCUUUUGAUGUAGAAUCUGAACCCACUAGCAAUAGUGGUAAUGUUGAGAAGCGUAAAUCCAUGUAUACACGUGAUUACAAAAAACUUGGUUUUAUCAAUCAUGUAAACCCAGCAAUGGAUUUUACUCAGACUCCCCCAGGAAUGCUAGCCCUGGACAACAUGUUGUACUUUGCCAAACACCAACAAGAUGCUUAUAUCCGGAUUGUAUUGGAAAAUAGCAGCCGAGAAGAUAAGCAUGAAUGUCCAUUUGGUCGGAGUAGCAUUGAAUUGACAAAGAUGCUAUGUGAUAUCUUGAAAGUAGGAGAGUUACAUGUAGUUCUGUCCUAUGCACAUUCAGCAAUAAAAGUAGACUGUGUUUUAUGUGAUGAACAUUAG